AAUGGCCUGUCCUGAACAUAAAGCUAAUAACUUUAUUAAGUUCAUAUCAGUAUUAGUAGCAGUAGUGUUAAUAGUUUUGGGAGUGUUGAAAUUUUACUUUACUCCAGACAUUCCUAUUUUAGUGGGGAUUUGGACAGUUUAUUGGAUGUAAUAAAGUUGAUGAAAGUUUAGUAUUUUUGGAUUAUUAUUAAUCCUUGUUGAAUUGAAUGUAAGAUUGGUUAAAGAAUACUUUGGAUUUAUGAUUGAAUAUUGUGGAAAAGGUAUGUUUGUAAUAUUGUAAUACUAAAUAAUAAUAAUUUUAGCUGUGGAACCCUUAUGAUAGAUAGCUUUGUUGAUCCACAUAUUUUGCAUGAAUCAAUAGUAGGAUUAUUGAUAAUCUUUGCUGGAUUUCUAAUAAUCAUAGUGGGAUAUUCUGCAAUGCCUAGUUAAAACUUUCCCCCUCCUCCAGUUCCAGUUUGA